UUUAUAAAACAAAUAAUUAAUUUAAAAAAAUGAAAGAUUAAAAAUUUAUCUUUAAAAUAAUUUGAAAUGCGCUUGUAUUGUUUUACUCCGAAUUUGUGAAUUCCAACUUGAAAAGUGGCUUUGUGUGUACAAGCAAGUUGGCUUAGUGUAUUGGCAGUGCGUUUGAGCUCGCCAUUAAGCGCUUAAACCAGUUUCUGCAUAGCGUCAAUGCGCUUGUGAAGUAGCCAGUGGUGCGUGAAGAAAAGUUGCAAAAUAAUAUUGCCAUAAAACAGAUAAAGUACAAUAAAUAGAGAAAUAAAAUAAAAGUAUACAAAAAUUUACGUGGAAAACCAACAACACAAAACGGAAAUACACUUGAGUGAUAAAAGAAACAUAGCAAAAACACAUAACACGCGCACAUAAAUAAACUCGUGCUGCCGACAUGCCUUUCGGUACUAGUGCCAGUGCACUGGCAUUGCGCUUUGCCUCACUGCUGCUGCCGGCUUCGUUGGCCGUUGCCAAGGCAGCUUCGGGUGGCAAAGCGGCUGCCAGCAAGGAUUGCCAUGGCAAGAUUUGUAAACCAGUUGAAGAGUACUGCUCGAACUUUCUCGAAGGCUGUGAUCAAUGUGAACCCAUCUGUAAUCCGGAUUCGCAAAAUUUUCAUGCGGAUAGCUGUGCAAGGGAGUGUGCCGAUUACAAAAUAUACGAUCCGCUCAAAGCCGAAAUACACAGCAUACACGAACAACAAAACACCAUACUGAUCCUGCUGAUCGUGUUGCUCACGCUCAUCGCUGCACGCUACAUCUACAAAUGCAUAGGCUGGCUGCGACGCAAACGCUUCUGUGCGCUGCUGCUAAAGAAGCUGCACAAACACCAUGAAGCAGCCGGCGCUGGGGUCAACAGCAAAGAUAUGGUCAUCGGUGCCACAAUACCAAAUGUGAUGGCCAUAAAUGGCGCUAUGGAGCGGGCGCCAUCGCAGAUCUACAGCGUGACAGGCGCCGAAGGUUCGGUUAUGACGUUGACUACACCAGUGAGUACGCGUUAUCCGGCAGAGAAUAGUACACCAUCAACAACUGUAACGGGCGAAUACUCAUAUGAUAAUCAGGCGCUCGCCGUGACGCCUGUUUCGGAGAAGCCAAAUGGUAGUGUGCGUGCGUUUUGAUCCUUUUUACAUACGUGGGAGUUGUGGUUGUUGUCGAAAUUGUGUUAAGGCAAAGUAAUUUCUAUUCAAUAUUCAAAAACUUAGUGCAAACAUUUUUUGUUAAUGCUAAAACUAUUGGUGACUCACAAAUUUGAUCUUCAUCGAUCGAUCAGUGGUCUUCACAGUUUCGAUAUUGGAUGAGCAAUACUAAAUAAUUUUUUGCAUGUUUGAUGUAAUUAUUGAUAUAGUAUGUAUAUUUGAAAAUCAUAAUAGUGAACGGCAGUAAUGGCACCUUGUCGUACAUAGAAAUCGCACAAAUGCUUAGCGUGUAACUGAUCGUGAUCCUGAUGAUCAUGCGAAAACCCGUUGAAAAUCUAUGACUAUAAUAAACGCUGAAAUUUCCCUAAAUAUAAUAGAAGCUGCGGUUCAGCUAAGCAAUUUUAUAGGUAUAUUUAAAUAAUUAAAAUUUUCAAUAUCUUUUUUCCAUUGCAAAUUUAUUGAGAAUCAUCGAUGACUCGUAUAUUGGCAUGUUGACGUCAAUCACAUACUCAUGUACUUAAAGUUAGUAAUUUAUUUAGUUUUAAAAGAAUGAAGUAAAAGUGAGGAGAUAUUAAUUGAACUAUCAACGAAAAUCAUUGAGAAAGUAUUAAACAACUGGCUAAGUACUUAAGCAUGAUUUUACAAAUUAAAAUAUCGUUGUAAAUCCCAAACGUACUGACUAAUAACGAUUUUUUGUAUUGGUUCGCGAUAUUGAUUUGAUUUAAUCAAGCACUGUAAAACAUCACGUCCAUUUUGUAAGUGAUAUUUAUUCUUUAAAAGUAGCUUGUAAGUUUUGCUUCCAUUUUAAAUACUAUGUACUUACGGUUAAGCAAUUUAUUAGUUAUAACAGAUAUUUUAAUAAAAUUAUGGUCUUUGAUUAUGAGAAA